GUAGGGUGUGUGUAACUAGACUGCUCUAUGUGCAGUGAUAAUGUGAGAGAGCAGAAGCACAAAGGAAGAGAUGCUGCACCUGUUCAUGAUCACCUGAGGACUAAACCAGAGGACCUCUAGAAGAAUGGUGGUGCAGUAUCACAUCUGACAGAAUCUCCUUCACUGAGCUUAUUGUCAACAAGGUCAGUCAUUCAUUCUGGGGAUAUGGCUGAACCAAGCUGGUGGAAGCUGACCUUCUCACGCAAGAAGAAGUCAGAAUCCAAGGUUUUGUAUGAGAUUCCAACCGAGUAUGGCAGUAACACUGGACACAAAGAGCACUCGAGCAAUAACUCCCCAGCGGAUCAAACUGAGAGCCAGUUCAACGCCAGGUUAGAGAAGAUUGUGGAUAAAUCUGCCACCAAGGGGCGUCACGUCAAGGUCUCUCACUCUGGGCGCUUCAAGGAGAAAAAGAAGAUUCGUGCCACACUGGCCGAGAACCCCAGCCUGUUUGCAGAGCACACCCUCAGUGACGAGAAACAUAAAAAACAGACUGACAAAUAGAGAACAACACCGUGUUUAUUAAACCUGUGUCAUACAUCAGUGUCGCAUUUUUGAAAGUUGAAAAAAGUUGGAUGAUACAAUAGGUGCAAUACUGUGUUGCAGCACACACAAACAUACAGCCUGUGUGGUGGUGUAUAAACACUUGUAACCAGGCACCACACCCAAGUAGAUACUGUCACUAAUGGAGUCACACCCACACAAACAGCUCUUGUACUAUCAAAGUGGACAAGAAUAAAACAUUGACAGGGAAGAAGGGAAGGGCAAUGAAAUGAUAAUGGAGUUUUUAUUGAUGUAGAAAAUGUUUGAACAGAACAGCGAUAGCUUUUAUACUUUAGAUAAAAAAACUUCAGUGAAGGACAAAACGUUUACCUACCCUCAAAAAUCAACAUUGCAAGAGUAAUUUAAGUUUUUAUUUUUUAAAUUAUAAUACAACAGCGUUAUAAUUACAGUGGCAUUUUGUAUUUUGUUCAGUCAAUGCACAAAAAAGUAUGUGUUUUUUGGUAGAAAACCAAAGGACAUUACUACAUUUUUACAUUUUUACUAUGCUUUUGUAACUAGCACACAGAAAUGUAAUUGUGAUGACUGCAUCUGAGGCAUUUUUAAAAAAUAUCCUACAAAAUUGCUCACAGUAAAAAAAAACUGUUCACAUGCUCUUUUUCUGAAUUCCUUUAAAAAGAAACAAACUAUUUUUGUUUUUAAUAAAAGUUGUGUUGGAGUGAGAAGCUA